AUGCAAUUUCAGUGUUUAGCUUAGUAAGAAAUUAAAUAAACUUUAAAUACUUGAUAUUUGCUAUACAAAAUAAAUGUAAUGAGGAAAUAGUGAUCGGAGCCAAGGGAGAAUGUCGGGUUGCUGUGAAUUUGUUCUAAGUACUAAAACAUCUCGUAACAGCCUUAAAUGGUCGCUGCCCAAGCUCAGCAGCCAGGACGAGGACGGGCACACCCCCCACUCCCAGUUCACUGGAGUAGCCCACUUCGAGCCCAUCCCGCACGAUCACGACUUUUGUGAACGUGUAGUUAUUAACGUGAGCGGCCUACGAUUCGAGACCCAGCUGCGCACGUUGAACCAGUUCCCCGACACGCUGCUGGGCGACCCGGCGCGGCGCAUCCGCUACUUCGACCCGCUGCGCAACGAGUACUUCUUCGACCGGAACCGGCCCUCCUUCGAUGCCAUCUUGUACUACUACCAGUCGGGCGGGCGGCUGCGCCGGCCCGUCAACGUGCCCCUGGACGUCUUCAGCGAGGAGAUUAAGUUCUACGAGUUGGGCGAGCCGGCCAUCAGCAAGUUCAGAGAGGAUGAAGGUUUUAUCAAGGAAGAGGAAAAACCCCUGCCAGGAAGAGAAUUCCAAAGGGACGUGUGGUUACUGUUCGAAUAUCCAGAAUCAUCGCAGGCGGCUCGCGUCGUCGCCAUCAUCUCCGUCUUUGUCAUUCUGCUGUCCAUCGUCAUUUUCUGUCUCGAGACGCUACCUGAGUUCAAACACUACAAAGUAUUCAACACUACAACCAAUGGCACAAAAAUUGAGGAAGACGAGGUGCCGGAUAUUACAGAUCCGUUCUUCCUGAUAGAAACGAUAUGUAUAGUGUGGUUUACGUUCGAGCUGUCGGUUCGGUUUCUGGCGUGCCCGAAUAAACUGCACUUUUUCCGAGACGUCAUGAAUUUCAUCGAUAUCAUCGCCAUCAUCCCUUAUUUCAUCACUCUGGCGACGGUGGUCGCGGAGGAAGAAGAUACGUUACAACUGCCUAGAGCGCCGGUCAGUCCGCAGGAUAAGAGUACCAAUCAAGCAAUGUCGUUAGCGAUAUUAAGGGUAAUUCGACUGGUGCGCGUCUUCCGAAUAUUCAAGCUCAGUCGUCACAGCAAAGGCCUUCAAAUAUUAGGCCGAACGCUCAAAGCGAGCAUGCGCGAGCUCGGUCUCCUCAUAUUCUUCCUGUUCAUAGGUGUCGUUCUGUUCUCGUCGGCCGUGUACUUUGCCGAGGCCGGCAGCGAGAACUCCUUCUUCAAGUCCAUCCCGGACGCGUUCUGGUGGGCCGUCGUCACCAUGACGACCGUCGGCUACGGCGACAUGACACCGGUUGGAGUCUGGGGCAAAAUCGUGGGUUCGCUUUGUGCGAUAGCUGGUGUGCUCACCAUAGCGCUGCCAGUCCCGGUUAUCGUAUCGAAUUUCAACUAUUUCUAUCACCGUGAGACGGAUCAAGAGGAAAUGCAAUCACAAAACUUCAACCACGUGACUAGCUGUCCGUACUUGCCAGGAACGCUAGGGCAACAUAUGAAAAAGGGUUCGUUAAGUGAAUCAUCGAGCGAUCUAGUUGAGCUAGAAGAAGGACUCCUGGUGACGCGCGACCAACUCGCUCGGAAGCAGAAUUGUAACCCACGCCACAACAAUAACAUCAACGCCGUGAGCAUUGAGACUGACGUUUGACUACAAGUGACGGAUGCGCUGCGUCCCCAUCCUUUGCUGAGCCUGCCAUUAGCCGCCCCUCCGCGCCGCCCCAAGGGCGACCACUUCCCGAUAUCCGCUGAAGCCAACAUCUACCACCAUCGUCAUAUUUACCUAGAAGUUAUAUUAAUGUGUAGUGCUACAGUAGUAAAGUGUCGUCAACGGUGUAGUAUAAACGGUCGUCCAAAUGUUGCGUCUAGUCGCCCUUUAGCGCAGAGUUGCCAUUUUAGCCAUUACGAGCCAGAUAGUGUGUAUUUAAAGGGUACGAGGGGUCGCCACAAGACGGUCACGUACUACGAUCGGGCACUAGUGCAAAAGUCUAGCCAAAAUUUCGGUCCGUGUACUAUUUCGAUGGCCACGCGACGUUGCCGCACCAUCGUUAUGCGGCAGGGAUGUUGCCACCGUGUGCAGUGCGAUCGGCCACGUUGGGCAGUGCUCAUCCGGACACAAACUCGAUGGCGAUAUGUUGAAAUCGUCCCCCAAAGUCGCAAACUGUUACAUCAAAUUUUUAUCCACGUUAGGACUAUUUCUCGGUACUUUUGUAUGAUAUUGGUUAUAUGGUGAUUGCUGAAUUUAUGAGAUGCUGUUGUGAUUCAUUUUUAAUAGUUCUGAUUCAUUGUCAUGAUAAAUGGCAAUUAAUUGCGAGAUUGAUAUUUAUUUGAGGAUUAUUCUGAAACAGGCACAACAACAACAAUAAACAAAAUUAAAUCAGAAUGAUAUGAGAAAAUUUUGCCUGUCGCUCUCGGUAUCUGUCAAAUUUGACAUUUAAAGUAAUAAAUGGCUAAAAAACUGGUGUCUUGGCCAAAUUUCAAAAAAUUUUAUUUGAAAAAGUUUUUUUUUUAAUUUUACAAGAAUAUACCAAUUUUCAGCCAUCUAGAUGAAAAACUUUUCGUCAUUUUUAACUAAUAGCAGCAAACAUAUAAUAUAUAUAUUAUAAUUAACCAAACAUAUAAAUUUGUCAAAUGAUAAAACAUUUUUUUUAAAUUACGCAAUUAUUCUUAAUUUUACAAUUAUUCUUAACACUAAAGUUAUCUACAUUGUCUAUGGCUGAGAUCGUACUGAAUCGUACUUAAGUUUAGAUUUUCCUUAAAAAUCAGAUCCCCUAGAGAAGUAGUUUAAUUUGAUUGGAGGUCAUAUAGAGACAAUGUCUAAGCAAAACAAUACUCUAGUAGGCUAUAAAAAAUACAUUUUGACAUUUAGUAUUGUAAAAGUCCGCUGCUAUUGGUUAAAAAUUACGAAAUUUUAUUUUUCAUCUCGACGGCUGAAAAUCAGUGUACUUAUGUAUGUAAAAUUAAAAAGAAACAAUUUUUGAAAUAAUAAUAAUUGACAUUUUUUUUCAAAAUUUGGUCAACAAAAUCGUUUCUUAACCAUUUAUAUUUUAUUAAAUAUCAAAUUUGACAGACAUCUGAUAACAACAGCGUAAUUUUUAUUAUGUAAUUUUUAACCUGUUUUAAAACAAAACUAACGCCAAAGUAAAAUUUGAUCUAAAUCAAAUAAUAAAAUAAAUUCCCAUAUGAUGCGGACUUUACCUGUGACAUUGAUGUAUAAUAUGUUAACUAUCGAUUUCAAAAACUGGUUCAGAGGAAUCCUUAAUUCGUUUACUAGGGUGAGUUAUCCUGCCAAAAAUUAUUAUUACAUAAUAAUAAAAAAUACCUAUAAAUAAUUUUAAAUGACAUUAAUAAUAAUAUGCCGUACAAUUAAAACUGAGUCAACGCCAAUACCGCGCAUCGUGAGGUUGCUCUUUUGGAUGGGCAGAGCAUGAACCCAAUUCACUAUAGUAUUAGCCAAAGUAAAACUGUUUAUUAAUUAUUUCUGUGAUAUUAUUACCUAGUUAUAAAAACAAAAUAUUUUAACCUAUGAUGUUUUAUAAUCGAACACUAAUGUUUAAAAAUUGAAAUGCUUUUAAAUUAUUAAUUUUUUUUAAAACAAUUUCUUUCCAAGCAUAUUAAAGUCAAAUGCAACAGUUUUCCUAAAUAAAUGAAAUACGCGUUUCUAUUUUUAUUUAAUUUAGUGAUAACUGUGCAUACAUUUUAUUUGUUAGUCUAGUUUAAGUAGAAAGUUCAUAUUCAGUAGAAAGGAUUCAAAAGGAAAUGGCAAAAAUAUAACAGGUUUAUAUAUUUUUUUAUUUAUACAAAAGUAGGAAAACAAAUAAUCUACUAAUAACAUAAAUACCAUAGGAUCGAAAGAAAAAACGGCUGGGGAAUGACAAUCGAUGAUAAUUUUGGCGAGGUCAAGCCCUAGACGUCAUUUACUGGGCCCGUACUUUUUGAUGGCGCUUACUGCCAGUUCACCAUAUGAAACUUGCAAUUUAUUUCAUAUCGAGUAAAAAUUAUUUUUAAAUGUGGUUUAAAAUUCGAAAAAAAAAAAUUUUUUUGGAAAUAGAUUUGUGUCUGGAAACGUUCUACCCUUUUUUA